AUGCCCGGGGCAGCAGGGCGCGCACAGAGCAGCAGGGCGCAUAGGGCAGCAGGGCAGCAGGGCGCGCGGGGCGCACAGGGCUGCAGGGCGCGUGGGGUGCACAGGCAGCAGGGCAGCAGGGCGCACAGGGCUGCAGGGCAGCAGGGCGCGCGGGGCAAACAGGGCAGCAGGGCGCACAGGGCUGCAGGGCAGCAGGGCGCACAGGGCUGCAGGGCAGCAGGGCGCGCGGGGCGCGCAGGGCUGCAGUGCGCGCAGGGCGCGCAGGGCAGCAGGACAGCAGGGCGCGCAGGGCGCGCAGGGCUGCAGGGCGCACGGGGCGCAGCAGGGCUGCAGGGCGCGCUGGGCGCGCAGGGCAGCAGCAAGGGCUGUAGCGGCAACAGCAAGGGCUGUAGCGGCAGCAGCAGGGCAGCAGGGCGCACAGGGCUGCAGGGCAGCAGGGCGCACAGGGCUGCAGGGCAGCAGGGCGCGCGGGGCGCGCAGGGCUGCAGGGCGCGCGGGGCGCACAGGGCUGCAGGGCGCGCGGGGCGCACAGGGCAGCAGGGCGCGCGGGGCGCGCAGGGCUGCAGUGCGCGCAGGGCACGCAGGGCAGCAGGACAGCAGGGCGCACAAGGCGCAGCAGGGCUGCAGGGCGCGCGGGGCGCACAGGGCUGCAGGGCGCACGGGGCGCACAGGGCAGCAGGGCAGCAGGGCGCGCGGGGCGCGCAGGGCUGCAGUGCGCGCAGGGCGCGCAGGGCAGCAGGACAGCAGGGCGCGCAGGGCGCAGCAGGGCUGCAGGGCGCGCGGGGCGCGCAGGGCAGCAGCAAGGGCUGUAGCGGCAACAGCAAGGGCUGUAGCGGCAGCAGCAGGGCAGCAGGGCGCACAGGGCUGCAGGGCAGCAGGACAGCAGGGCGCGUAGGGCGCGCAGGGCUGCAGGGCAGCACAGGGCUGCAGAUCCCCUCCCCCCACCGCUGCACCCGCAGCAGGGGGAUGGAGGAGAAGUGGGGGGGGGGGGGCUGA